CCCCACCCCUGGGCUUCCAGGGAGUGUGGGCUGCUAGGGGUCCUGUGAGCUAGGCCCCUAUUCCAUCAGAAUUCGACCAUCAGUCCUAAUAAAGGCAGAAAAACAUGGACAAAGAAGACUGAAGUCCUUUUUUUUUUUUUUUUUUUUUUUGCAACAACCAGGGAGACCACUUUGAUCAAUAUAAUGCCUACCCAUGACAAGGUAAGAAAAUGGAGACUUUCCCAUGCUCAGUCAACUCUCCUGGUGCUUUGAUUUGACUUCCUGUGGAUGUAUUAUGUCAUCUAGUGGCUUUAGGAUACAGUGAUUCUUGGGCAACAUCCUUGGUGCAGAAAACAUUUUACAGAAAGAAGAGAUAAGAAAAAUGAAAUUUGCAGAUGGGUCCAUUUAAAGGAACAAAGAUACAAAAAGUGCAAUUCAGCCUUCAUACUUCACAUUUAAAAUGCAGAAAAACUUUGGAGUAAAUACAGAAUUUUGAAGAAGUAUCAUUAGAAAGGGAAUAUUGGUAAAACAAAGCUGCUUUUCUCCAGGACAGCUAGUUUCCCAGCUUUCUGCCAGCUGCUAGCCACAUGUAGAGGUUGAAGAAAUAUGGAUACCAACACCAUACUGGUCAGCAGCACACUUUGUACCAGCUUUCUCAUCUUUCAGCUUCUUUUCCACUUUGUAAGUUCUUGGUUUUCAGCAAAAGUUUCUCCAGGUUUUAAUAAUCUCAGCUUUGAAAAGAAGAUUGAAUGGAACUCAAGGGUAGUAUCUACAUGCCAUUCUUUGCUGGUUGGGAUUUUGGGCCUGUACAUUUUCUUCUUUGAUGAGGCUAUCAUAGCAGAUCCACUUUGGGGUCAAUCAUCACUGGCGACUAUGAAUAUUGCUACUGCUUCAGGCUACCUCAUUUCUGAUCUGUUGAUUCUCAUUUUGUAUUGGAAAGUGAUUGGUGACAAAUGUUAUAUAAUUCACCAUUGCACAGCGUUGUAUGCAUACUUCUUUGUAAUGAAAGAUGGAGUGCUGGUGUAUGUUGCGAAUUUCCGCCUGCUUGCAGAGCUUUCCAGCCCUUUCGUAAAUCAGCGAUGGUUCUUUGAAACUCUGAAGUAUUCUAAGUUUUCCAAAGCCAACGUCAUCAAUGGAAUUCUCAUGACGGUGGUAUUCUUCAUUGUUCGGAUAGUAGCAAUACCUCCUUUGUAUGGCUUCAUGCUUGCCGUGUAUGGAACAGAACCCUACAGAAGGCUUGGAUGUUUACUCCAGUAUUCCUGGAUUUUUACUUGUAUUGUUUUGGAUGUGAUGAAUGUCAUGUGGAUGAUCAAAAUUUCAAAAGGGUGCAUCAAAGUCAUCUCUCUCAUGAGACAAGAGAAAGCCAACAAUCGUCUUCAGAAUGGAAAAGUUGACUAAAGGUGUGCUUUGUCAAACACCUUCAUUUAGAUAAGCAAUCCUCAUUACUACCCAGCAUUAUACCUACUAAUAGGAUGAAAUCUUGGCAUGUUCUUGUGCUUUGUUAUUAAUUAUAAUUGUUAUUCAGGGUUUCAGUGUCAUUCUUUUUAACCUUUAGAAAAGAGAAACUAAAAUUUAGUUUUCAUUCCAAGAUUUCCUCUUUUCUUCUGCAUUAUAAGCAUGGUUAAAAUCUUAAAGGUUUAAAUAAAAAUUUUAAGUGUGGUGAAUUUUUCCAGAAAUCUCUUGGCCUGCACUGGUAUUUUUCUAUGUGGAAAGAGGACUGUGAUGAUUUGGCACACUUGAUGUGUCACCAAUUUUGCAGAAAGGAUGGGAACUACUUUGAAAUCGGUAAAUAGCACUCAACAUUUUGUUAUGCUGCACUCUUCUCAUGUCAACACCUAUAUGGGGGUUAAUUUCUAAAUUGUUGACAUGUUCUUUUCCUAGGUUAUUAGAAAUGACUUUUUUUCAUUUCAGAUAUACAUUCAUCUAUUAAUGAUGAAGGAUUUUACUCACUUUGGAAUAUUUCAUUAGUUUAAUUAUUAGAAAAUAUUUCUGCAUUUUACAGUUUUUUAAAUGUCACUUUCUUCUAUUUUUAGUAUUUUAUCAAAUUAUCUCUUAUGACAGACAUUAUAAACCUCCUUAGUGGAUGAAUUUCUUCUUCUAAAGAAAUGCAUGUUUGGUACAUGACCACUUAGGCUGAUAGGAGGAAUCAUUAAGAAAAAAGUUUUAAUAUUACUGUUUGUCUGCUUCCCUUGAACUUUUUCUAUGAAAAAAUAUUUAUAUCUGCAAAAUCUCCCCAAGUUCAGAACCCAUCAUCACCAAUACCAGUUUUAUGCAAUAUGGAUUUGUUCUGCCCCUAAAAUAAUCCUUUUUUUGGUGAAACCAAAACUAAAAAAAAAAAAAAAUCAGUAUUUACUUUACUCACAAUUUAUUCUCAUGCUUGCUUUGAAUUUUUCUUAAAGAGCAGGAGGGAAAUAAGGUAAUUUAAUCCAAGCAUUCUGGUUUUCAAAAUUAUUGUCUUAUGUGAAGAUAAAUGACUGUUUUUCUGUGUAUGUGUGUAUAUAUGUGUGUAUUCACUUUGUUUCUUGCAAUCCAAAUAUAGAAUUAUAUAUUUAGUUCUUAAUAUCUUUAUUUAUUUUUUGCAAGUACUUGACUUUAAUGAUUGUUCUUACUUAAAAAAAAAAAAAAAGAUUUAGUUCAACUAGUGGUGAAUACUUGAACUUAAUUAAACCCAAACCUAAAGAUCUAAUCCAUUGUUUCUGGGUUUAAAGGAUAAUGUUUGAUUCAUUUUCAUUGCUCAUGUUAGGAUGAUGAAAGGAGGUUAGCUGAAUAUCAUCAAUACUUUUAAUUUGACUGUCCAAUGCAGAUAGAGCCUGAUAAGUUCUAGAACUCAAAGACAAAUUGAAAUCUCAGUCAAUAACUAAAUGAUAAAAUAAGGUUGAUUGGUACAUUUAUUUUUUGAAGACAAAGUAAUGCAAAUUGUAGGUAUUUAUUUUUAAAGCAGUUAAUAUUACAUUGAUAAUUGGUUACUAAAUUUAUUGCUGCCCACAUCAGAGGCAUUUAAAUAUGUACUGGUUAUCUAGAGGGUGAGGGUGUACAAAACAAGUGAUUUUUGUCUUAUCCUUGCUCUUUUGCAAGCAAAGUAGCUUUUUUAAAAAGGAAGACAUUUAUAUUGCAAAACUAUUUUGGAAAUUGUUUCCUUAGAAAGUAAAUGUUGAAAUAAAUAUUUUUGACUCUUUGCAUAUUUCUAUAAUUCUGAACACAGAUUUUAAACCCACCAUCAAAGUGACAAAAAUAUAAAGCUAUGUUAGUGCGUCUUCAUAUAGCAGUUUCAAUAGUUGUUUCAGGCUUUCAACUUUUUUUUUUUUUUUUUUUUUGGUCACUGACAUUAUCUUUCACUGAUUGGCAAAGCUAUUCAUUAAAUAAUUAUAUUUAAAAUAUCAAAGUUUUAAACUAAGGCUUGUUGUUCUCUUAGAAAUCCUUAGGUUGGCUACAUGACAGUUAAUUCAGUAUCCAUAUUCAGCAUUCAGAAAUAGUGCUGUACAUUUUUAUAUACAGAAUAUAUGAAAUGGAAAUGUCAUGACAAACUACUAAGCUUCUUUAAGUCAGAUCUUUACAGGAGCUAUACUUUGCUAUUCUGCAGUUGUAUCCAUCUACCUAAAAUAUAAAUGAAGACAGAACAUAUCAUUUAUUAAACAACGAAUUUUCGUUUGUUAAAUGACAAACUUUUGCUAGACAUUUUAGAUAUUUAGUAUUUUGGCUACAUGGAUUAAUUUAAAUGAUUCUAUCAGGCAUUCUGAUAUUUAAUAACUAUUAAAAUAUUUAUAGAAAAUAAAUGCAAAUUGGUAUAAAUUUUUAAGCAAUUCUAUUUUUCUAGAAAAUUCGUGACAACCUGUGUUGUAUUCUAGAAAACAAAAGUUCUUGUGAAACUUAAAAAUGAAUGAAAAUCAACUGUUAGCUUGCAAGAUCACAGAUUCUGCAUUAAAUGUUUUAUUUGUAAGAAUUUAAAAAUUGUGAACUUGAGUUUAUAAGAGUUUGCAUUCUUAUGCCCAAAUUGUUUUUAAGGAUUACUUGCAUUUAUUUUAAAACACAAAACAAAGUUACAUGUGAGUGCAAAGAAAUUAACUCAAGCUUAAAUUACCCUAUAGUAUGUUGACAUUUUUUAUUCUAAGUGUUGUUAUUUUAUAGACUAAUUCUCUGUUAGUGAAAUGAUAGUUACAUUGUUAUCAUCUCUAAGAGUGAUUCAUAUAUUGUGGAUGACCCAGUACUGUCUUAAAGAUCUGGUUUUUAAAAACUGACUAAUUUAUAGGUAUUUGAAUCAAAUCCUUAAUUUUAAAGUUUCUUUUACUUGAAUCAGGUUUUUACUAAAGUGACAGUUUUAAAAUUUUACACCUUCUCUGAGAUGGAUUGGAGAAUGUUCUUUAUGGUUUGAAAGAUGUGUUUUACUGUCAGCGGCUCAUAAUGUACUUAGACACAUUGUUCUCAUGGAGAUACAUAGGGGAAAGAACUGUUGUAAUGUGCAUGUUUCUUUUGUUUCAUCUUUAAGGAAAAUAAACAUGUUCCAAAAGACCCUAUUAAAAUAAAUAUUUGAAUAAAUUUCUGUUUCUAUGUUGCUCUUAACUCCAAAUAUGUAAAUAUACAUCUGGAUUGGCGCUUAGUGGUUUACUCUGUUGCAUGAAAUUGAAAGCCCACUUAUUUGUUGACAUCACCAAUUAUACAUAAUAGAAGCUUAUAUUUUGGUAUAUGUUUUAGAUUCCAUAAGAGCGAAUAUGUCAUUUUAUUUGAGGAGUGGCUCAAUGUCUCUCAACACGUCAGAGCCAGCACAACAGUAGGACCCUUUCUGUGUGCAGAGACAGGAAGGCACACACACCUCCUAGCCUUAACCACAGCUCACUUGUACUAAAGCUAUUGAAAAUGAAUUCUGUUUGUAUUUUGGUGCUGAGGAUUGAAUGAAGGGCCUUGUGCAUGCCAUGCACGCACUCUACAACUGGCUGUAGCCCCAGCCCUGAAAAUGAAUUCUGAUGCAAAAAUAUGAUAGGAAUACAAGAAGCUCACAGGAUCUGGAGUUGGAGGAGACACUGAGA